ACAAUUUGCUUACAUUUGUAAAACUUGUUGUUUUUCAGGUAACACUGCAAUUUUAAACAAAACAAGUAAAAGUUGUGCAUUCAAUUACGUUCGCAACGUGUCCGUUAAGGGUGACCGUCGGAAAUUGUAAAUUUCUUUCUAGUCCUUUCGUACAACACUAAUACCAUUACUUAGCGCUAUAUUAGUAGCUUAUCUUAUGUGAAUAUGUUUAUCUAACAAUAAAAUCACAAAAAGCCGAAUGAAACAAAUAUUUUAAGUAUUUAAUUGAUAACGUUGAUAUAGUUGGAAUAGGCACAUCGAUAACUAAUAAUGGUAUCCGCAGCGCAUAAACGUUUGAUUAUUGUGUUUACACUUGUGCUCGUCUUCCUUUUUGUCCGCUAUAUGCUCUUCCAUGGCGCCAUACUGGCUCCACUACCAGAGCCCAAACGCUCUCCAGGUGCACCCGUGUUGGUGUCGGUGUACUAUGAAGCAUUGUGUGGUGAUUCAAAGCAUUUCAUAAUCAAACAAUUACUGCCGGCAUUUAGACAAGCUGCACCACUUAUGGAUAUAGAAUUGAUACCCUAUGGCAAGGCACAAACAUUUAUAAAUUCCGAUGGUGGUUAUCGUUUUGAAUGCCAACAUGGCAAUGUCGAAUGCGAGGGUAACAUGUAUCAUGCCUGUGUGAUUGAAGCCGUUGAAAAUCCACAAACUCGCCUCAAUAUGGUUGCAUGUAUGAUACGUGAUAAUCGAAAUCCUAAGGAGGCUAUGCUUAAGUGUGCCCGUCAACAUAGCGUUGAAGACACUGAUCUCAUACAAAAAUGCUUCAGCAGUGAUCAUGCUGGAGAAUUGCUAAAGCUUAACGGCGACGCCACACAUGCACUGCGACCGCCAGUUAGUUUUAUACCCACUAUCACACUGGAUGGUGAUCAACAUCGUCAGCCAGCCAUUUUAAAAGACUUGUUGGCUGAAGUAUGCCGAAUUAUUGGCGAUCCACAGAAAGUCAAAGAAUAUUGCGUUACAUAGAAAGAACAUUGGACGUUUGCCAAAUGGCGAAAGAUGUAUGAAAAAGCAACACAGCACAUAUGAACAACAAGUCAUCCACUUGCGUGUAGCCCGUAACAAAUGCAUUUUUAAUACUUAUCAUUUUGAAUAUUUUACCGCAUGAAGUUUUUAAAUUAAGCUAAAAAUUUAUAUAUAUGUAUGUAUUUAUAAAGCAUUUAUGAAGUAAGCACAAAAUGAAAACUAUGUAUUUUUUAAACAACUUUUAAAUGAUAUUACUUACUUUUUAUUAUGGCGUUUGUAAAAUCAUUAUUGUUGUUGUAAAUACAGCUGUAAAAACAUUUGCUUGCCAAAUGCCUCAAUCCACCUAACAUACAA